AUGUCUAACCAGAACGAAUCCGCCGCCUGGCCCCUGGCCGAUGCUGCUCUAACCCAAGAGCUGCUCGACUGCAUACAGCAAGCGAGCCAUUACCGGCAGUUGAAAAAAGGGGCUAAUGAGUCGACCAAGGCUCUGAACCGCGGAACAGCAGAGAUCGUCGUUCUCGCCGGAGAUACCAGCCCCCUCGCCAUUCUUCUUCACAUCCCUCUGCUGUCCGAGGACAAGAACGUACCUUACGUCUAUGUUCCCUCCAAGAUUGCUCUGGGCCGUGCCUGUGGAGUGAGCCGAGCUGUUAUUGCUGCCGCUAUUACUACCAACGAAGCGUCCGACCUCCAGGGUGUCAUCCGAAGCUUGAAGGACAAGGUUGAGCGUUUGGCUAUCUAA